AUGCACGACACCGUCCUCGCGCCCCGAGGCUGGCGUACUCACUACGCAGGCCCGCUGCCCUUCCUCGGCGCGGUCUUCCUCUUCACGUCUGCUCUCUCGUGCCUCGUCUCCAACGCCGCGUGCGUCGUGCUCGUGUACGGCGUGCUCAAGGACCUGCACGACGGCGGAGGGCUCGCCGCGCUGCGCCCGGCGCAGGUGAUGCUGGCGAUGAUGAUGGGCGCGAGCGCGUCGUUUGCGACGCCAAUCGGCUACCAGACCAACCUGAUGGUGCUGCAGCCGGGCGGCUACUCGUUUGCCGACUUUGCGCGGCUGGGGGUGCCGUUGACCCUCAGCACGGCGCUGUGCGCCGCCGCCUCCAUCUACUCGCUCCCCGCGUCGUGGCUGCCGUGA